AAGAAAGAAGAUGCUUGGAUGUCGCGUGGCAGCCAAAGCGUUGGGUAGAGUUUCACAUUCUAUAUAUAAGCCUGGUGACUUGUGUCCCUGCAGCUCUGCUCAAAUGCCACACAGCCGCUGUCAAAACAGAGCGAGAGGGGCGCCACAAUAUGAUGGACCUUUUGGAGACCAACCCUUAUCUUUUCAACGAUUUGCGCUACUUGGAGGAAGGGGACCAUGGAGCACUGCAGCACCUGGACAUCUCCGGGGUGUCCCCCCUGUACAACGGCGACGACAGCCCGCUGUCUCCCGGCCGGGACAACGUCCCGUCCGAGACCGGGGGGGAGAGCAGCGGCGAGGAGCACGUGCUGGCGCCGCCGGGUCUCCGCGCGCACUGCGACGGCCAGUGCCUCGUGUGGGCCUGCAAGGUCUGCAAGAGGAAGUCGGCGCCCACGGACCGGCGCAAGGCCGCCACGCUGCGGGAGCGCAGGAGGCUCAAGAAGAUCAACGAGGCCUUCGAGGUGCUGAAGAGGAAGACCGUGGCCAACCCCAACCAGCGGCUGCCCAAGGUGGAGAUCUUGCGCAGCGCCAUCAGCUACAUCGAGGGGCUGCAGGACCUGCUGCAGACGCUGGACGAGCAGGAGGAGACGCGCGCGACCAAAGAGCACAGCGUGGCCGGUCACGAGUAUCACUGGAAAAAGUCCUCCGAGACCUGGGCGACCUCCGCGGACCGUCCCACCGCGGCGAUGGCGACCCCGAGAGGAGGGACCGGCGAGUCUUGGGCCUCCAGCCUCCUGCGUCUGUCCUCCAUCGUGGACAGCAUCACCAACGGGGACAGAGGCAACGUCAGCGAGGGCCUUUCAGAAAACUGAAGAAAAAAAAAACUCACCCCAAGAGCUCGAUUUUCAAAAUUUAGAAAUUGACGUUAUUGAACUGUAAAUUAUUUCCACUCCGAUCAGCCGCUGUGGCUUCUGUUUGUUACGUAGCCUUCGUCUGUACAGCAGGAGCAACCCGAUUUGUACAUAUUUGAUGAUAAAAUGAUGUUUAGAUUGUAUUUAUUUUAUAUUAAGAUACGCUUUCGAAAGCCGAGAUUGUAUUUAAGUGUUGUACAUAUUUGACCAAGAUAAUAAAUCAAAGAAUAACUGCACAGUUAAAAUUGCAUGGUGUAAAUAUUGUGAUUUCUUACUGAACUAAUUGAAUAAAUCAGCGUUUUGUGGUUGAA